GUUCACACAUUUCUUCUUCUCUUUCUUUCCAUUUUUUCUAAUUCUUCUUUUCUGAAAUAGAUAGCUCCUUUGAUGUUUUAAACCUUUUUCCUAGAAAGGUUUCGCCCUCGCAUUUUCUCUUCCGUCAUUUUCCGAAUUCCUCAUCCUCAUCAAAGUUGGGAUUACCAACUAUGAAUCAAGAUUUUCCGGAAACAGUAUGGAUCCAUGACGUGUUCUUAAGCUUUAGAGGAGAAGAUACGCGUGCUUUCUUCACUUCACAUCUUUGUACAGCUCUUCAGAAUGCAGGAAUUAAGAUUUUCAUUGACGAUAAUGACCUUCAAAGAGGCGAUCACAUUUCACCAUCUUUAUCAUUAGCAAUCCAGCAGUCUCAGAUUUCUAUAAUUAUUUUCUCUACAAAUUAUGCCGAUUCACGAUGGUGUCUUGAUGAACUGGAAACAAUGUUGAAGUGUCUUCUCAUGAAACAAGUGGUUGUGCCAGUGUUCUACCAUGUAGAUCCUUCUGAAGUGCGUCAUCAGAAAGGCGAAUUUGGAAUGGCGUUUCAACGUCUUUUGGACAAAGUUUCAAACCAUGUGGAUUUCAAUUUACUUUGUGAAAAGGAAAGGAGGUGGAGAGGGGCACUUCGUCAGGCAGCUGAUAUUGCAGGGUUUGUAAUAUUUAACUCUAGGUAAUUUCAUUCAACAAUUUUGGUAACUAUUUUUAUCCUUGACUCGGUUAACUUAAUCAAAAUGUUUAUAAAGUUUUUACUCAAACUUCCCCUCAAUCUACUUUUGAUAUAUACGAGCAUGUAUAUAUGUAUACAUAUACAUUCUAUUUGUGUAGGAAUGAAAGUGAAGAUAUCAAAAAAAUUGUUGACAAUGUUUCACAUUUGCUCAACAAGACAGACUUGUUUAUUGCCCAUAAUCCUGUGGGAGUUGAAUCUCGAGUACAAGAUGUGACUCAACUUCUUCUACCCAUUCAACCAAAUGAAGUUCUACUACUAGGGAUGUGGGGUAUGGGGGGAAUUGGAAAAUCAACCAUUGCAAAAGCCAUUUACAAUGAGAUUGGCCGCAAUUUUAAAGGUAGGAGCUUCCUUGCUAAUAUUAGGGAAAAUGGGGAGAAAAUAGAUGGACUACUGGGUUUGCUAAAGCAACUUCUAUUUGAUAUCUGCAAAGAAACGACAAUCAAGAUACCUAACAUCGAGUCAGGAAUGAACACAUUGCAGCGUAAACUCAGUAACAAAAAAGUACUCAUUGUACUUGAUGAUGUGACUACGUUAGACCAAUUGCAUACUUUCUGUGGAAGUUGCAAAUGGUUUGGUCCAGGGAGUAUAAUAAUCAUCACAACCAGAGAUAUGCAUUUACUUAAAUGGAGAGUUGACAAAAUAUACAAAAUGACAACAAUGAAUGAAAGUGAAUCAAUUGAGCUUUUUUGUUGGAAUGCAUUCAAGCAAGCAACUCAUACUAGAGAUUUUGAUAGAAUUUCCAGAAAUGUUGUUAAAUAUUCGGAGGGGUUGCCACUAGCCCUUGAAGUCCUUGGGUCUUAUUUGUAUAAUAAGACGGAGUCGGAGUGGGAACUUGUAUUGGAGAAACUCCAAAGAAUUCCUAAUAACCAAGUGCAAAAUAAGUUAAGAAUAAGUUAUGACGGUUUAAAUGAUGAUGAUGAACAAGAAAUAUUCCUUGAUAUAGCUUGUUUCUUUAUUGGGAUGGACCAAAAUGAUGUUAUACUUGUAUUAAAUGACUGUGGACUUUCUACUGAAAUUGGAAUAAGGGUCCUUGUGGAGCGAAGCCUUGUGACUGUUGAUGAUAAGAACAUUCUUGGAAUGCAUGGUUUGAUGCGAGAUAUGGGAAGAGAAAUCAUUCGUGGGAAAUCACCAAGGAGGCCUGAGGAACGCAGUAGAUUGUGGUUUCAUGAGGAUGUGGUUGACGUAUUAUCAAGACAAAAUGUAAAAACUUCAUAUAUACUAUUUUCUUAAAACUAUGGAUUCAUAAUAUCUUGAGCUUAAGGUGUUGAAAGAAACAUUUAUGAUUUUGUUGUCAAUAUCCAUUUGUUCGGUUGAUUAUCAAGAGAUCGUCGAAAAUUAGUUUCACAGUGAAUCUUUUUGCACUUCCUGACUUAUAGUUUGUUGUAACUUAAGAUUGGAUUCAUGACAAGUUUUAUACCCGUCUUAUUGCUUUAAAUUGUGCAUGUUUUUUCUUGUUGGUUCAUUAUACUUCAUAGGGAAAAGAAGGUGUUUUGGGACUGGCUUUAAAGCUGCAUAGAGCUAAUGCAAAAUGUUUUAGUACUAAAGCAUUUGAGAAGAUGGAGAGACUCAGACUCCUUCAACUUGAUGAGGUAAAACUUGAUGGAGAUUUUGAAUAUGUUUCUAGAGAUCUGAGAUGGCUGUCAUGGAAUGGAUUAAGUCAAAUUCCUACAAACUUCUAUCGAGAAAAUUUAGUUUCCAUUGAGUUAAAGAACAGCAAUGUUGAACUUCUAUGGAAUAAUACACUGAUUGAAAAGUUGAAAGAGGACUCGAAACCUAGUUAUAUAACAAAAUAUAUGGAAUUUGUCUUUGAAUCGACCGAGAUUGACAUGUUUAGUGGCAUUGCUUAUAGAGGCGGUGAAAAUGAACUCACUGUGGAG